AUAACGCCCAUCUCUAUCAGUGCCGCCCAUCAUUCUCAACUCUCAGUCCCAACAUUCCUGUGUUUAACUGCACUAGCUUCACGUGAUUAAUGGAUCUCUAAAAUUGUAUUUGAUUUGAACUUGAUUUUGUAAUGAUUCUAAACCGUACCUAAUCCUAUUUUAGCGGAAGAUUUAUACAAGACAAAUGGCAACAAAUACUCCAGAGUGGUUAACUGGUGAUUUUCUCAAAUCCUGUCUUGAAGAUACCGAAGGAAAUGUUGCAGGAGUAAUUAUCACAAGCUACACGCUCGAGCCAGCUAUCGCUCCUGGUAACAACUAUGGCAGUCAGAUGAUCAGAGCAAAUGUUCAGUACAAGAGACUAGACGACAGUUCUACUGAGGAAUCCAUUUCUUUAAUCAUAAAAGCGCCAUUAUCUGAAGAUUCGUAUAUAGGGGAUCAGUUCGGAGAUAACUUCAAGCAAUUUUACGAGAGUGAGUCAAAUUACUAUCAUAAGUUUAUAUCAGAAACUUACAGACUAAGCAAACACGAUGUUGUUCCUAAACAUUAUAAAUCCCCAAAUCCAUUGUGUGUAGUAUUGGAAGACUUGAAGGCAUCAGGCUUUGAAAUGGCUGACCGUCAAAAACUACUAGAUUUCGAUCACUGUGAACUUUUCAUAAAGGCUUCAGCCAAGCUUCACGCUCUUUCGAUGGCAAUCUUCAAGAAAGAUCCUGGAUUGAUUGAAAGUUUGGGUGUUGAAAGCCCGGCAAUGGCUGAGAAAAUGGAGAAGUCAUUUAAGCUGAUGCUGCCCAACAGUCUUCUUUGUAUGGCUACGUAUUUGGAAGACAAGCCAGAUUAUAAAAAGCAAUUUGAAAUAAUCAAAGAAGCCUGUGAGGAAGAUGUAUUUUGGAAUAUCUAUAAGGAAAUGCUGGAAGAUUGUAAAUCGAAACCCAUCAGAGCACUGACACAAGGAGACCCUUGGUGCACGAACAUGAUGUUCAAAUACAACAGCGCGGGAAAAGUGACGGAUAUAAAAAUUAUUGAUUUUCAGAAUGUCAGGUUAUGUUCUCCACUUGUCGAACUUGUCUUCUUCUUAACGGCAUCAGCCAACUUGGAAGUCCGUCAAAAGAGAUUGAAUGAUCUUUACCAAAUUUACUGUGACUCAUUGAACGAAAAUCUUGCAGAAUUUGAGUGUCCUGAAAGGUUGACUAUGGAAGAACUGAAAGCGGAAAUACGAUUUCUGAGCCCAAUAGUAUUCGUUAAUCUGUGUAGUUUACCUGUAGCGUUGACUGAUGCCGUUCCAGAUAUGACGGAAUUCUUAACCGUCAAAUUUUCAGCUGAGUCUGUUAAUGAAAGAUCGUAUUACAAGUCAGUAUAUACAGGACAGUAUUUUAAUAUGAACUAUCCACAAAUUCUUGACGCUUAUGACAAGCAUGGUGUCUAUGACUACAUGUUGAAAAAGAUUAGAGAGGUAAAAUCUGAAAAAUAAAGAGUAUUGGUAGUUGUAUUGAUGUAUCUGGAAUUUGUUUAGAACUGUUUUUAUCUGGAAGUCUCUAAAAUUAACUGUAUUAUAAAAUAAACAAUAGCGGUGAACCAGAA